AUGACGCGCAUACCGACUCGUGAUUUGGCGCGUUACCUCUUCAACGGCCAGCUCUCCCGCCAAGGAUGCCUGGCCCCGACCCGAAGACCGUACACCCGCCUACCGGCCCGUUCCGCACAAGCAUGGCCAUCCGCGCCACGCUCAGCGGCGUCGAAGGCAACAUAUACCACCGCCGCGACAACAGCCGCGCCUUCCCAGACACCGCCCGUCGUCCCGCUGCGCAAGAAACUCAAGGAGGAGAAGAAGCAGCAGAAGAAAGAGUCCAAGGGCCAAAGACCAAAAGGGAGCAACCAGACGGUCGAGGGCUGGGAGCUCACCGUCGGCAUCGAGAUCCACGCGCAGCUCAACACGGCGCGCAAGCUCUUCUCCCCCGCCGCCACCUCCUUCAACGACGACCCCAACUCCCACGUCGCCCUCUUCGACGUCGCCGCGCCCGGCAGCCAGCCCGCGUUCCAGAAGGAGACCCUGAUCCCCGCCCUGCGCGCGGCGCUCGCGCUCGGCUGCGACGUCCAGCCCGUCAGCCGCUUCGACAGGAAGCACUACUUCUGGUGGGACCAGCCCGCGGGGUACCAGAUCACGCAGUACUACGAGCCGUUCGCGAGGAACGGGCGGAUCGCGCUCACGGCGCGCGACGGCAUCGCCGCGGAGGACGGGGAGGGCGUCACCGUCGGCAUCCAGCAGAUCCAGAUGGAGCAGGACACCGCCAAGACGCUGGCGCAGCCCAACGACGUCGCCUGGCUCGACUUCAACCGCGUCGGCGUGCCCCUGAUCGAGAUCAUCACCAGGCCCGAGCUGCACCACCCGCGCACGGCGGCCGCCUUCGUGCGCAAGAUCCAGGUGCUGCUGAACGCCGUGGACGCGUGCGUUUCGGGCAUGGAGACGGGCGGUCUGCGUGCGGACGUCAACGUCUCGGUGCGGAGGACCGGGGACCCGGGGAUUCCCCUGGGCACGCGGACUGAGAUCAAGAACUUGAGCACCAUCAAGGCCGUGGAGGACGCCAUCAUCGCGGAGCGGGACAGGCAGAUCGAGGCGCUCGAGGCUGGGGAGACGAUCGCGAGCGAGACCCGCGGUUGGACGCUGGGUUCGAAGCACACGCGCCGCUUGAGAGGGAAAGAGGGCGAGGUGGAUUACCGGUACAUGCCGGACCCCGAUCUCGGGCCGUUGGUGAUUGGGGAGGAUCUUGUCAAUCAUGUUCGGGAUUCUGUCAAGGAGCUGCCCGAUGCCGAGCUGGAUGAGUUGAUCCACGAGUACGGGCUUACGGCCAAGGAUGCGGUCUCACUCAUGUCACUUGAUGACGGCGGCCGGCUUGAAUAUUUCUACCGCAUCGUGGAUGAUCUUGGAGCUCAGCUGGCCGAAACUGACGGAUCUACUCCGGAGCUUCAGACCUACGCGCCCCUUGUCGGCAACUGGGUUCUUCACGAGCUCGGUCGUUUGACAGCGGACAAAGCGGACCCCGCGGCCGGCGACCGAACCUUGGAGAUCACCGCCGAUGGCCAAUGUGACGCCGUCCCGGUCACGGCCAUCUCCGAGAUCUUGUUCCACCUCAAGAACCGACGCAUCACGGGCAAGGUUGCCAAGGAACUCUUGGUCGCACUCUACCUGGGCAGCCUCGAAGGCGUAGGAACUGUCACGGAGGCCAUCGAAGCCCAUGACCUCUGGUUCCACGAGCUAUCGACCGCUGAGUACCGCGAGCUGGCCGAGUCCGCCGUGGAGGGCGAGGACAAGGUGCUGAAGGAGUUUGCGACCAAGAAGGUCUACCCCCAGGGCAAGCUGAUGUACCUCGUCGGCAAGAUGAUGCGCCUCGGCCAGACGGAGCGGAUCGACCCCGCCAACGCCGAGAAGGUGAUGCGGGACGUCAUCGCUCAGCGGAGUAGUUCCUCCUGA